GGUCAUUUGGAUAAUUGAGGAGCAUACACGCUCCGUGGAAGUCUUUCAAACAUGAGUCGUUACGGGUUGGAUGUAGAUGGAUAUAAAAAGACACUCGAGGAAAUGGAUGACAAAACUCUGAAAGCUGCAGAAGCUAAGAAGAGUCGGAAACUUGAGAAGUACAGUUUCGCAGCGGGUGCUGGAAUUGGAGCUGCCCCUUUCACGGCAGGUGUCAGCCUGGCUGGCACUGGGUUCUUUGCCUGCAAAGCCGGCCUUGCUAACGCACAGUUGGACCUCAUUCAUGCUGAGAUGAAGUGCCGACUUCAGCGACUUGAACAGCAUGUCGAGACCGACGAGGCAAUAACUUCAGAUGUGCUCGAGGAGUAUCACAAUUCAAUGAAUUCGCUACUUGAUCAUGCCCGUUUGGCCGUUGAGGGCCUUGUAGCAGAUUUCUGCAGUUCUGAAAGCGAAAAAAAAAAUGAACGGAAAUUUUGGUUCAAUUUCAAGGAGUGUUUUGACCGGGAGCUUUGUGGACAAGAAAUGGCCGAUGAAGACGCCUGGAGGUCGGUGUUGUGGUUGCAUAUGCUGAGCGUAUUAGCCGAGCACAUCAGCUCAUUUCGAUACUUCAAUUUCAAUUUCUAUCAUAUUAUAAAAGACUGGCUGCCCCGUUCCGGCAGUCCGAAUAUAUUGUGCAUCAAUAGUUAUCUGAGGUGUCUUCGGAAAGCAUUAUCCUUGGGUGGUAGCUCUAUUGCAGCCCUCAAAGACAUCCGAAUCUAUGGUCUGGAACCAUCUGUCACAUCGGAUGUAAGUGGUCGUCUCAGCUCACCCAUGGAAAUGAAAAAUGGUCUCCAAGAGCAGGGAGUGCGAAGCAGAUCUCAGCUCAGGCAGGUGAAACUCUUACAUCCAGUGCUCAGUCGCGAAGGAGCAGACGCCCUUUCAGCCAUGCUGACAACAAACAACACUCUUAAGAAACUCGACAUUCAUCUUGACGAAUAUCGUGACAUUGCAACGAUUGUGAAAGGGUUGCGGGAUAAUGCUUGCCUAGACGAGCUAUCGUUGGGCGCCGAUACAAUGCUUAGCCAGGAAGGGGCAGAUGCGCUUGCAGCCAUGCUCGCAACAAACAAGACUCUUAAGGACCUGAGAAUUUAUGUUUCCACCUACAGUCAUAACAUCGUAACUAUUGUGAAAGGGUUGCAGGAUAACACUUGCCUAGAAGCGCUCCACUUACACUUACAAACAUGGACACUGCCAUCUGAUUUGAGGGAAGAGAUGCUCUCUACCUUAGAGCGUAAUAAGACACUUCAGAGAUUUACUUUUGAUGACGAGUCUGAUAGAAUUAUUGAUCACAAGUUGGCUAGUAACCAGACAGAACGUCGGUUGUUGGAGGCUGGUGGAGGUGUGGAGCACACCAGCAGCAGCCACAUCAGAUGUUUUUUGGUUGGUGAACCUCUUGUGGGUAAGUCAACCCUGAUGGACUCCAUUUGUCGCGGAGCUUGGAAGUACUGCACAGACAAGAUCAAGCAGAUGACUCCUGGUGAUCGGCCUGCAAACUUUAAGCCCCAAACUAGGGGUAUUGAGAUGGUCCAUGUCGCCUCGAAAGGGAUCAACAUCCAGUUUUGGGAGCUGGGUGGACAAUCUGAGUACCGCACCAUUCAUGAUCUUUUCAUGCCAACUCUAGGUGGGGCCAUGGUGGUGCCACCCAUCUUCUUGCUUCUAUUCAAUCCGACGACCGAAUGUCAACAAUUAGUCGCGUGUAGCUCAAGUGGGACUCCGAGCAACUCUGUUGCUGAAGUUGAAAAGCGACAGUGGGAUGAGUUCUUGCAGCAACUGAGGUAUUGGUUGAGAUUCAUCGCAUCAAACUGCAAGGCCGAGAGAAAGCCUUUUGUGAUUCCCAUCUGCAAUCCUCACUUGACUCAGACUCAGAGCCAAAAGUUGCCUGACCUGAACCCUAGGGCUCAAGAGGUGCUCAGCUGGAUAUCCGAGGAGUUCCACGAGACACUUGACAUUGCGAAUGAGGUAUUCCUUAUUGAUGCAAGAGAGAGGAGGGACGCUGAAACAGUAAAGAAGUUUGUGUUCCACGAAGCAAAGGCACUUCUUCACAAUACCAAUGUGUUGCAAAUCAUGGAGACAGUGCAAACGUCAGUGAUCAAGUCCAAUCUUUCAAAGAAUCCUCUGAUGACUUGGUCCAAAUUUCGUGCAGCUUGCUGGCCACAGAAAAUGGCAAGCCAGUAUCAGGAGAGAAGUCUUAGCGGAGUACAAUCAGGAUCUCAUCAGACUGCUUUGGAUGAAAAUCUCCUUUUGCAAGCCAUUGCGAGCUGUCUCCAUGAUAUUGGACAGAUUAUCUGGUUUGAGCCAAUGAAAUCUGUGGUUUUGAACCCGCAAUGGUUUUGCUGCACGUUUGUUGGCAACCUCAUUCCAACGAAUUUCCGUGCUUCUAAAGUCUUCAAUGGGAUUGCCAGUCAAGGCCUCUUAGAACUCGUGUUGUCAGAAGCUGUUCCCAGGGCGUGCGAGGUUGGUGUGCGGGAUGUAGUAGAGUUCAUGUUGAGAAUGGAGCUUGCUUAUAAGGUCUUUGACGAUCCGAAGAGUGGCUUGCUGAUACCAACAUGCCUUCCCGAUCGUCAAGAUGGGGAUAAGAUCAGCUGGAAAGUGGAGAGGACAAAUGAGCAUGGACAGGACAGCCACUUUUUUGGGUACCGCAUUGAAUGUAAGGACAGAAAGAGAAGAAUGCUCACCGCAGGAUUCUUCCAUCGACUGCAGGUGCGCUUCCAUGAGAAAUUCCACGACAAGGGUGAUUACAGCUGCAAGAAGGACCUUUCCGAGAUAUUCUCCAAAGGCUACGAGAUCUACGUGGAGUUUGGGGGAGUUCAUGACGAUUGGAUUGACGUGAUGGCAUCAUCGCCUGAAACGUCUGCAGCAGAAUCAGCCGAAUGGGUUGAUCAGAACAUUGUGAGAGCCAUCUACCAACUUUGCUGUGAGCCGACUGGCCUCCCAGGUGUGGAUCUCAUGACGAAAAUUCUGCGUCCCGACUGUUUGACAGCAUCUUCAAUUGUUCCCCGGAGGUACCGAAGGGACAAUCAGACUGUCACAGAGGAAAAGCUGAUCGAGGAGUUGGAAAGGGAGGAAUAUAAUUGGAAUCAUUCCUGGCCUGCCAUUUUGGAUGAGCAGGGCCAGGUAAUUCUUCCACUAUCCUGCGAUGAUGCUAUGGCGCUAAUAAGACCGAAAACAUUGGAGCGCCACCUGUCCAUUCGGGAACAUGAGCUUAACAAAGUGCGUGAGAGCUUCAAUGUAGUUGAGGACACCUUUGAGCAAAGACGGAGUGAAUCUGGUCACGAAAACGGCACCGGCAGCAUCAGUGGUUGUUCUGAGGCACCAUUACUUGGAUGUCAACAGCCCACAGAAAAUGUUCAAGAGUUGGGUAAUUCGUCGACAAGGGAUAUGAUCCAUAAUCUGGGUAUAAAAGCUGAUCGGAUUUUCCAGUCGGUUGAUGAUCUGAAAGGAAGGGUGAAACAUCUGCAGGUGGACCAGAGUAAUGCCUUUGCAUGGAUCUGCAAUGAUCUGUCCAGAAUUUCUGUUUUCGCCACCCAGCAGCUCACUCGUCGCCUACCUCAUCGUGUUUACAUCACUGAGACAACAUCUGGCUCUCACCAGAAACUGAGUUUCCUGAUUGGCUUGAAGUCAGUUGAGCUGCACCUCAUGUGCGAAUCCCGAGACCGGUACCAUGUUGUACAUGGCCAGAAGGGGAAGAAGUUGCAUCUUCCGAAGAAGGAAAGAUGCCAUUUGUGGACUCUCUUCAAGUGGACAAUUCUGACUAUUACUGUGCUGCUGAAAACCGGCUGUGCAAUUUCCAUGGGCAUCUUUCAGCUUGUGCCAGACUUGGGUGGUGUGGCCAACUGGACUAGCUUUGUGAUUGGAGCACUGGGGAACGCUGGUCUGGAAUUUGUGGACUUGGGAGACCUUGAGCGGAGAAUGAAUGUCAUUGGAAAGGAUGUGCUCAAGGAUGAUGGUCCGGAAGAUGGCGUGAAGCGUCAGCAUGCAAUCGACUGGUUGGAGAGAAACCUGGAAGGUGGGGCAAGUGAGGUGCACGAAAGAUUUGACCUCAGGAGGGUGAGGUACAGAGACACAGGCUCGGUAGCCUGGAUAUGUAGCUCCUGCCUUAAGAAAAGCCAGCUGCGUGUCGAGGUUCUCCUAACGGAUUACCUAAGGUGCCUACCUGCAGAGGUAAGGACCAAGCUGGUUGAGGAGGCCUAUGUCGAACAGCACACCUUCGCUUCUUUUAGUAAGAAAGCUCUGGACAUAGAGGCAAAGUUAGGGUCUGCGCAUAAGGAUGUAGUAGAUCUGAUGUUGAGAAUGGAGCUUGCCUAUAAGGUCUGUGACGAUCCCAAGAGCAGCCUGUUGAUACCAUCAUGCCUUCCUCCUCGUCAAGAUGGGGACAUGAUUAGUUGGAAAGUGGACAGGAAAAAUGGGCAUGAACAGGAAGGCCGCUUUUUUGGAUACCGGAUUGAAUGUAAAGACAAGACGCAGACAAUGUUGACUGCAGGAUUCUUCCAUCGACUGCAGGUGCGCUUCCAUGAGAAAUUCCACGACAAGGGUGUUUACAACUGCCAGAAGGACCUUUCUUACAUAUUUUACAAUGGCUACGAGAUGUACGUGGAGUUUGGCGGAUUCCAUGAUGAUCGGAUUGACGUCUUGGUAUCAUCCCCUGAUGUUUCUGUUGCAGAAGCAGCCGAAUGGGUUGAUCGGAACAUUUUGAUAGCCAUCAACCAACUUUGCAGUGAGCCGACUGGUCUCCCAGGUGUGGAUCUGGUGAUGAAAAUUGUGCGCCCACGCUGUUUGACAACAUGUCCAAUUGUUCAGCGGAGGUGUCGGCGUGACGAUCAGACUGUCACAGAAGAAAAGCUGAUCGAGGGGAUGGAGAGGGAGGAAUAUAAUUACAAUCAUUCAUGGCCUGCCAUUUGGGAUGAGCAGGGCAAGGAAAUUGUUCCACCAUCUUGCGACAAUGCGACGGCGUUAAUCAGACCGAAAACACUGGAGUGUCACCUGUCCGUUCAGAAGCGUGAGCUGCACAGAGUUUGUGAGAGCUUCAAUGUAGUUGAAGGGAACUCAGGACAAAGACCGCAACAAUCUGGUUGCGAAAACAGCACUGGCAGGUUCGGGGAUUGCUCUGAGGCACCACUUGAAUGUGACCAGCCCACAAGCAAUGUUCAACAGGUGGGUGAUCCGGUGACAAGCAAUAUGCACGAUCUUGCUGUACAAUCUGACCAAAUUUGCUGGCACACGUCUGGACGCGAAAACAGCACUGGCAGCUCCGGUGGUUGUUCUGAGGCACCAUUUGGAUGUGAACAGCCUCCAAAAUAUGCUCAAGAGUUGGUUGACUUGAUGACGAGGGGGUUUCAUGAUGUGUGUAGAAAAGUUGACCGAAAUUUUCGGUCCAUCAACGAGAUGAGAGAAGUGGUGAACAUUCAGAGGGAAGAGCAAAGAAAUGCAUUUGCAAGAGUCUGCAGUGCUCUGUCUAGCAUAUCUGUUUUUGGCACUGAGCAGCACAGUCAUCGCCUACCUCAUCGUGUUUACAUCACUGAGAGGACAUCUGGCUCUUGCCAGAAACUGAGUUUCCUGAUUGGCUUAAGAAAAGUUGAGCUGCACCUCAUGUGUGAAUCCCGAGACUGCUGCCAUGCUGUGCAUGGCCAGAAGGGGAAGAAGUUGCAUCUUCCGAAAGAGGGAAGUCGGCAUGCGUGGACUCUCUUCAAGUGGACAAUUCUCGCUGUGACUGUGCUGUUGAAAACCGGCUGUGCAAUUUCCAUGGGGAUCCAUCAGCUUGURCCAGACUUGGGUGGCGUGGCCARCUGGACAAGCUUUGUGAUCGGAGCAGUGGGURAUGCUGGUCUGGACUUUGUAGACCUGGAAGACCUCAAGCGGAGAAUGAAUAACGUUGGAAAGGAUAUGUUCAAGGAUGAUGGUCCGGAAGAUGCCGUGAAGCGUCAGAAAGCGAUGGACUGGCUUGAGGGAAUCCUGGAAGGUGGGGCACGCGAGGUACGGGAAAGAUUUGAACUUAGCAGGGUGAAGUACAGUGACACAGGCGCAGUAACGUGGAUAUGCAGCUCCUGUCUCAAGAACAGCCAACUGUUUGUGGAGGGGACACCCUCUGCUCGUCAAAGCGUCAGUCAAUCUACAUGUGUUGCGCAGGGGUUGUUGGGUGUUUCACCGCACAGCGUUGGUUCGGAGGUCCGGUUAGGGAAAAGGCGCCGUGGUGGCAUAUCGCCUGUGACAUGCGGCGUCGUUGGCUCCGGCAUGACACACAUUUUGCCUUUCGCUGGUGUGCUGGGGGCUUCUCCACCGGGUGUGCCCGCGGUUCGUAACACUGCCGCGUAUGGAGGUGUGUUUGGUGGUCCGUUGCUGCCGUCCCCGCUCCUGCCUAGACGGCUGGACUAUGCGGCCACGAUUCCUCCGGCACCUGUAUGGUCACAUGCGGUAGCCCCGUCAUGUCCCGCUGGAGGCGCUUCUCUUUCAGGAGAUCGCAACGACGCUUGGCGUAGUCGAGCCGUUUCCCGUCCACGAGUCGUCAGCACGGCGGUCGGUUCAAUCGUGGUGCCGCCUAAGUCUCCCUACGUCGCUCCUAAUUCCACACCUCCGGUUGACGAUGUCGAUAGCUUUGCGGCAGUCGGUGGCACGCCAUUUUCGCCUGGCAACAACAUUGUGCGUGUGUGUGUGCAGGACGGGUGUCGGAGGCGGUUGUACGCUCUCCGCGAUGCUAUGGCCAGUGUGGGUGACCAUCGUGGACCGGUCAGCGACGUUAUUGAUCGGCUGCUCCACUGGUCCUUGUCAGCCAUCCGUGCGGAGUUUGGUGUCGGGGUAGCAGAUUUCACGUUGCGUUAUUUGCCAGGCGAUUCCGGUGCUGACUACGGUCAGGGGGGUUCGCAGGGUUCAGCGAGCGGAGGGUUGGGGGAGUCGCAGGAGGGAUCGCAGAACUCGUUCCCGUCGUCGCAUCGUGCAUCGCAGCGCAGUGACAGAGGGCGUGGUAGACCCCGCAGCACGGGUCGGUACACACAGACACCUACCCGGCCGCAGACGUGGUGGGACAGUUGGGAAGGUGUUGACCAGUGCGGUCCCGGGCCGGAAACUGACCGUGCCAGUGUUCAGGAGAUGAUGGCACUGUGGAGUGGACCGACAACGCCGGAUGUUGUGUUUCUCGAGCCGGUCAAGCUCCUUCAGUUGCUGGCCAUGUUGCAUCUAUAUUGGCUGUGGCACAAGGGCUCGUGCCGUGUGUCUGUGGAGUCUGUCUCCUAUCCAGCGCAGCUCUGUAAGCUGAUGUUCGUAUGCGAUAAGAAAUGCAAAUGGACGUGGCACACGGCACUCGUGACCACGAACGUCUAUCACUCGCGACUGCAGCAGCAACUCUUUCAUGCGACGGUCACCACCGGCCUGACGUUCACGCUCCUCGAUAACUUUUGUGUUGGUUUAGGGAUGUGCUCGGUGCACAAACCCACGUUCUACAAGUUUAUGCGCACAGAGGCAAGGGAGGCGGAGGGGUGGAAUGAGAAGGUCGUACGGCAGGGCAUUAAAUAUUGCGAGCUUGCCAUUGACACUGUGAUGCGCCGUGGUGAGCCAGUGACAUUGAUGGUCGAUGGUCGAUAUGACUCGGCUUGUUAGUAUCAUGCGCAUGAGGUCGGGAUGUGGUUCCUCCACGCUUGUCAGCUGUCCAGGGACGAGGGUGGAGACACCAUCAGUUUGCACCGCGACAUCAUGUUGGUCGCCGCUCAUUGGGCUGGUGAUGAUUCGGAAUGUGUCGGUGGUAGGGAGGUUUUGUGCGAGAAGGCCGGUGGGCCUGCACGAUUGCCUUUGUAUAGCCGCACGGACACGGUGUACGAGCUCGUUCUGCGUGUUCUUGGGAAACAAUGCAGCACUAACACCACGCCGUACUAUGUCGAGUUUCGACACACAUCGGCGGUGGAGACUUUUCAGGGCACCAUCAUCAUCUAUGCGAAGAAGUCGGUGCAUUUCGAGAAGUCUUACUGUGCGCGUCUGGCGAUCGCAGUGAUUCGGUGGAACAGUCACUGCUGGCGCGACCCAGUCGGGUACGUUGCUCGCAUAGCUGCGGGUACUUCCAUACGUCCGAGAUCAGGCUUCCGUCGACAGAACGAGGAGGCGGUCGACUCUUGGCAGGCCAGGUUGUCGGCGUCCGUGUUCGGUUCGGCUCGUGUUUCUGACUGGGCUCGAGAGCUUCUGCGACAAGAGGUUUGUCCUUAUGGAGCCGGGUCAUUGCCGCGCGAUCUGUUCAUCGCGGGUGGGGGCGACCCAGUGAAACUCGCUGAUGAUGCUGCCUCCGGAUCUGACCAUGAGGUGGUGGGGGAGAAUCGUAUUUUCAUCAUCGGUCACGUGGAGGAGGAUGUGGUGCCUGCAUGCGAUGAUUUCGAGCCGACAUCGAGCUCGGAAUCUGAGGGUGACGAUAUAGAGUUGUUCAGCGUCUGACUGGUUGUUUCGUUCACCUGACUUUCAUCUGUUGAUCCGAUAAUCAUUGCGCACAACA